GCAGUCAACCUUGAAGGGGAGCUUUUCAAAGAUUUGAUGAAGGGCUACAACAAGAAUGUCCGGCCCAUGGAGAAGAGUGGUGAUAUCACUCACGUCGACAUCAAGAUGACGCUCACCAAUCUCAUCUCUCUGAAUGAAAAGGAGGAGGCCUUAACAACCAGCGUCUGGAUAGAAAUGCAAUGGUGUGACUACAGGCUCAGAUGGGACCAACCUCCCAGGUCAGCUCUGUAUGGGAACAUCACCUCUCAGCUACGGGUUCCCUCCAAGAGCAUCUGGCUGCCAGAUGUUAUACUGGAGAACAACGUGGAUGGACAGUUCGAGGUAGCACUUUACUGCAAUGCACUGGUGUCUUCUGACGGGUGUGUGUACUGGCUGCCUCCUGCAAUCUACCGCAGUGCUUGUGCCAUCACUGUCAACUACUUUCCUUUUGACUGGCAGAACUGCACUAUGGUAUUCCGUUCCCAGACCUACAGCGCCAAUGAGAUUGAACUGGUUCUUAAAGAGGAGAAUAACCACACGCUGGAGUGGGUGGAUAUUGACCCGGAGGCUUUUACAGAAAAUGGAGAGUGGGUCAUUAAACACAGGCCGGCCAAGAAGGUGAUCAACACUCAGUACACAAAGGAUGAGCUGGGGUACCAGGAGCUGGUCUUCUUCCUCAUCAUCCAGAGAAAGCCUCUCUUCUACAUCAUCAACAUCAUUGCUCCCUGUGUGCUCUUCUCCUCCCUCUGCCUCCUCGUCUACUACUUACCUGCCAAAGCCGGUGGUCAGAAGUGUACCAUGUCUAUUGCCACUCUUCUGGGCCAGACUGUGUUCCUUUUACUCAUUGCUAAGAAGGUUCCAGAGACUUCAAGGGCAGUGCCUCUUAUUGGCAAGUAUUUGAUGUUUGUGAUGUCAGUGACCACCAUGGUAGUGAUGAACUGUGUGAUAGUCCUCAACGUCUCCCUGAGAACCCCCAACACUCACAGAAUGACAGACAAAGUCCGAAAGAUCCUCCUAAACAUCCUGCCUCGGCUGCUGAGGAUGCAGAUGCGACCCUGGACACCAAACAAUGGCAAUGCCUCAGAAAUUGGAAACGGUGAAACUCUGUCUACAGGUGGGAACGGUGUGUUCCUGAUCCCCUGCCGACGCCGCAGUUCCAUGACCCUCAUCACCAAGGCGGAGGAAUAUGUGAUGAAAACUGCUCGGUCUGAACUCAUGUUUGCCAGACUCAAAGAAAGAAAUGGAUUGAUGAAAUCAGUAUUAGAGAAACUACAUGAUGGGCUGGAGGCUGGUACAGCUGAGCAGCUUAGUAUCAGUCUGGCAAAGGUCUCUCCAGAGCUGAAGAAGUGUGUGGCCUCCUGUAAACACAUAGCUGAAACUGCAAGGAAUCAUAGUGACUUCCAGAAUGAAAAUGAAGAGUGGUUCCUGGUCGCCCGGGUGAUUGACAGGGUCUGUUUCAUUGUCAUGGUGUCUGUGUUUUUUAUUGGAACAAUUGGGAUCUUCCUGAUGGGCCAUUUCAACCAGCCUCCCUCCUCACCUUUCCUCGGGGAUACCAAGAGGUAUCUCCCUCCAAUAAACAAUCUCACUGAUCUAACUCAGACCAACUUCUUGGGGUGAAGAAGGAGAAAAUCUCUAGAUUUUAUCCCGAAAGUGGAAAUCUGACAGCAUCCGUCAGUGAUCUUUCACUCAUGACUGGGGCACAGAGAAGAUGGAUAAGAUACAGCUGUCUGUGUAUUUUCAUUUGGUAAUGUGGGACUUUGGCCUAUCACAAAGUCAAAAAUGUUUGUUCAUGGUGAUGAAGGAUCCACUGCGCAGUUGUAUGGAUGCCACGCUUGAUCUGUGAUGAUGCAUCCUGCUGUCGGCUGUGACCGACUGUUGAGGAUGAGAAUGUUUUUGCAUAAAAAGAGCAAUUUCCUUGACUGUUCCUGUUACCAUCUCAGUGUUUGCUGUAAACUGACCUUUUCACCUGCUGCAACCUUAAUACAAUUCAAAGCUAUGCACGAGACAUUUGUUGAUCACACGUGUAAACAGAGAACAU